ACCACAAAUAACUAUCUGAUUGAAUAGUUUUCUUAUCAGAUAGAGAAAUAAAAUGAGUCGCAAAGUCUAAAAGCAACAUUUCUCUGCCUGGGCUGCCUCGUACCUCUGCACGUCAGUCUGUUUCAAUGUGUGACCCCCCUCCCCGAGCAGUCGUGAGUGAGUGCACUAACGUGCCCGGAGGUUGCCGUUUUAAUGGGUGUUUGCUGGAAAACGAAAAAUACAAGAAGGAGUCUUCAAGAAGGAUUUGUACGUUUUCACAACGGGGGAGUUUGCUAAACUUUGACCACUUCCAGAUACUGCGGGCCAUCGGGAAAGGGAGCUUUGGAAAGGUAAUAAUGAGGAUCCUCUUUAUCUGUUUGCUGCUCGUGGGCAAGUUUAGAAGACAGCACAUAGACGCCAGCAUGAAGGCAAAGGAUUGUGAUAAGGUUAUGAAAAGUAAACAGAUCUACAAUCUUGACAGCAGCUGUAAAGAUACCAACACGUUCAUCCUUGAUAAUCCAACUGAGGUCAAAAACAUUUGUGUUGAGGGAAAAUUUGAUGAAAAACUUCAAAUGACAAAAAGUCACAAGAAGUUCACAGUUGUUAAAUGUGUACUAAAGAAUGAGGGAACCAGAAAACCCAGAUGUCAGUAUGAUGGAAACCGCCUCACUAACAGAUAUGUUGCAGUUGCUUGUGAAGAUAAAUUACCUGUACACUUUGCAAGAGACAUUCUGGUCUUAGACGGCUAACAACUAGAUUAAGUAUAUAUGUUCAGGAAAUCCCCUAAUAUUUUUUUUCUCUUUGGUGGAAACAAAAAAUUGCUCUAAAGACUGUUAACCUGUAGCUAAACACACAAUGAAUUUGAAUCUCUCUAAAACUGCAAAGUAAUCACAGAACAUCGAACGAUUCCUGAAGCUCAUGUUGCUUUGAGUUUGUGGUCCAAGGCUUUAACAUGUCGUAACAGUAACAUGCUCCCACACGCUCCACCUGUUCAGUGAUUCUGUCAUCAUUAGAGCCGCCUGUGCAGUGCCAAAGGUAACUGUGUUUCUGUGAUACUUUUACAGUCUGGGGGAUGUCAAUGACUAGUCUCAUAAUCACACACAUUUCACUGAACACACACGGGCUGUUUCUCUGUCAGUCACAGCAGGGGGAAGACUGUCGCUUUUUUUUGUCUUUUUAGCUUUGAUUGUGUCAUUUCUUUUGGAGCUUAGUAAACAAACUGAACACAGGUUAGACACUUUUUAAUUUCUUUCUUUGUUUUUAGCAGCACUCCAGGGCUGUGCGCUGACCAGCAAUUUUGUUUUUCAAAACAUGUUUCUUGUGUUUGAGCAAUAAAAAAAAGUUACUAAAAUAACA